AUGACCGUCGUCUCCGUCCCGCAGCGGGAGCCGUUUGUUCUAGGAGGCCGCCUUGCGCCCCUGGGCUUUUCCGCUCGCGGUUACUUCGGGGCCCUCCCGAUGGUGACCACGGCUCCGCCGCCUUUCCCCCGGAUCUCGGACCCGCGGACGCUGCCCCCCACCCUCUUCCUCCCUCACUUCUUAAGGGGAGACGGUUCCUGUCUGACCCCUCAGCCUCGCGCCCCGGUACCUCUGCCUAACUGCAGUGUCGCCACGGCUGCGGGCACCCCUCGGGCAGCGCCGAAGAAGCGGCGGAAGAAGAAGGUGCGGGCCAGCCCGGCGGGGCAGCUGCCCAGCCGCUUUCACCAGUACCAGCAGCACCGGCCAAGCCUGGGGGGCGGGCGCAGUCCCGCGGCGGGCCGGAGCGGAGCGCAGGACGUAUCGGAGCAGGCCGCCGCUUCGGCCCCGGGCCCGGCGGCCGCAACCCGAACUGAGGGAGCGGGCCCCUUCCCCGGCCCGCUGCCGCCCGCGGCCCUCAGCCAGCCCUCGUUCACAAGCGAGGUUUUAAAAUCAAAGAUGGGAAAAUCGGAGAAAAUUGCCAUUACCCACGGCCAGCUUAUUCAUGGUAUACACUUGUGGGAACAACCAAAGAUAAACAGACAGAAAAGCAAAUAUAAUUUACCACUAACCAAGAUCACUUCUGCAAAAAGAAAUGAAAAUAACUUUUGGCAGGAUUCUCUUUCAUCUGAUAUAAUUCAGAAGCAGGAAAAAAAGCCUUUUAAAAAUACUGAGAACAUUAAAAAUAUUCAUUUGAAGAAAUCAGCAUUUCUAACUGAAGUGAGCCAAAAGGAAAAUUAUGCUGGGGCAAAGUUUAGUGAUCCACCUUCUCCUAGUGUUCUUCCAAAGCCUCCUAGUCACUGGAUGGGAAGCACUAUUGAAAAUUCUAACCAAAGUAGGGAAUUGAUGGCAGUACACUUAAAAACUCUCCUAAAAGUUCAAACUUAGAUCUCAGAUUUCAGUGUGUAUGUAAAACACAGUCUUUCCAAAAUUCCUGGACUCUUGAAAAGAACUGCUACAGAAAUGGAAAUUUUCCUUGUUGCAAACCCAAGUGCAAAAGAUGAAUUUAAAAAACUACAGCCUGUAUUAUAUUUUAUAUUUUGUAAAUACUGUAUACCAUGUAUUAUGUGUAUAUUGUUCAUACUUGAGAAGUACAUUAUAGUUUUGUUAUGAAAGUAUGUAUUUUACCCUGCCCAAAUGGUAGGAGUUUUGUGUAUAUAUAUAUAUACAAUGGAGAAAUUUUAAGUGUGUGCUAAGGCACAUGGAAGACCUGAUUUAUUUGCACAAGGUACUGAGAUUUUUUUCAAGAAACAGCUAUAAAAUCUCAAGGUGAAGAUCUAAAUGUGAACAGUUUACUAAUGCACUACUGAAGUUUAAAUCUGUGGCACAAUCAUUGUAAACAUGGGGCUUGUCUGUGCUUCUCUAAAUUGAUUUCUGCCUUACUAUCUGUGAUUACUGGAAAAUUCCCAUUACCAUUUUUACCAAAUUUAAUUUCUGGUUUUUGGUUUAUCCAUUCAAAUUUAAAAUACCUCUAAUUUUAAUCCAACAAAAUCGGUUGUAAUCAAAUCUUUAAAUAAUAAUAAUUUGGCUCCCCCCUCUUAAA